AUGGGGAUGAAAUCAAUAACAAUCCAUGGCUUUGGUUCAAUUAUUGUUAUUGUUGUUGUGAUGUUGUUGAUUGGAUUUAAACCAUGUGAAGCAACAUCUCAAUUGGUCACAUAUGUGUUUGGAGAUUCUUUAACUGAGGUUGGAAACAACAAUUUUUUGAAUUCACUAGCAAGAUCUGAUUAUCCUUGGUAUGGAGUUGAUUAUAAUGGUGGUCAAGCAACUGGAAGAUUCACUAAUGGAAGAACCAUUGGAGAUAUAAUAUCUUCAAAGCUGGGAAUUGCUUCACCACCUGCAUACUUAUCAGUUGCAAAGGAUGAGGAUAAACUCGUACAAGGCGUCAAUUAUGCUUCCGGUGGAGCAGGAAUUCUCAAUGACACUGGACUCUACUUCAUUCAAAGACUGUCGUUUGACGAUCAAAUCCAGAGCUUUAACCAAACUAAGAAGGUGAUAGAAAAUAAACUUGGGGAAGAGGCUACUAAUAAACAUUGCAAUGAAGCCAUGUAUUUCAUUGGAAUUGGUAGCAAUGAUUAUGUGAACAAUUUCUUGCAGCCAUUUUUGGCGGAUGGGCAACAAUACACCCAUGAGGAAUUCUUGGACCUCUUGCUUUCUACAUUCGAACAACAACUUACGAGGCUUUACCAAUUGGGUGCAAGAAAAAUGGUGGUACAUGGGCUAGGGCCAUUGGGGUGCAUUCCUUCACAAAGAGUGAAAUCAAGAAAAGGGCAAUGCCUAAAGAGAGUGAACCAAUGGGUUCAACACUUCAACUCCAAAGUCCAAAUCCUCACAACAACUCUCAACAAAAAACUUCCAAAUUCACAUCUCCUCUUUGCAGAUACCUACCCUCUUGUUCUUGACCUCAUCAACAACCCCUCGGUUUACGGUUUCAAAGUUUCAAAUACUUCUUGUUGCAAUGUGGACACAAGUAUUGGAGGGCUUUGUUUGCCAAACUCAAAACUAUGCAAGAACAGAAGUGAGUAUGUGUUUUGGGAUGCCUUCCAUCCUUCUGAUGCUGCUAAUGCUGUCAUGGCUAAUAAACUCUUUUCAACUUUAUUCACUUCUUUUCCUUCUUCUUCUUCUCCUACACCCUCUCCUUUGCCCUCCCCUUAAAUUAAAAUUUAUAAACAAUCAUAUCGACAUGCCGAUGUUUUAAUGUACUU